AAAAAAUAUAGGGCAGCUUAUCCCGCCUGUCUACACUCUGCUUGUUUCCUUUCAAUGUGCACCCAAAAGAAAGAGUUCUUAGGGCUACACUUUAGAUAACGGGCAAACAGGGUGAAAUAAAAGCUAUAAAGGCUAGAAAAUUUGUAAAUUCUCCACAAAAUUCGAUAGCAAGCGUUCCUAGGUUGGAAGCAGAAAAAAAAAGGAAAUUCAGUUUUACCGGGCGACACGCCCCCACCAAUUACAACUGGAUUGAGAUAUGGGCCAAAUGCAUAAUUCAAAUCCUCUCUCUCUCCAAAUUCCCUGUCUCUUUCUUUCCCUUCUUCUCCACUUUCUUUCUUCCAUGCUCGCAUACUUUUCCAUACAACCGUCAUCAUCGCAAGAUGGUGAGAAGCUUUCACUGCUACACCACAACGACGACGACGAAGCCUACAACAACAACAACAACAAGAAGCGAUUAUUACGGUACCGACGCUGGAUCCUCUUUACAUCCAUAAUUCUACUUGCUUUUACCAUAUCGUCCCUGGCGCUGUAUUCUCUCCGAUACUGUUCUACACAUCAAUGCCUGAUGUACAGAACCACAAAGGCAAAAGGCAUCACAGUCGUACCUUCCAUCGGCCUUGAGCUCAACUGGUUCCAUGCGCUGUUUGCAUUGUUCUACGCAUUGAUACUCUCCAUUUCACUCUCACUGCGCGGUUCGAUUCACUGGUACGUCAUGCCACUCGUUGUUUUUGUGGGUUUCCAACUCGUACAAACAACGUGGAUCUUGAUGUUCGAUCGGAAUACAUAUGUCGUUGAACAGUUGGAUGAUUCAUGGCAACGUGCUUAUGAUAGCAGUGACGGCGCGGUCCUGCUUAAACAACUGCAGGUGCGAUUACAGUGCCAGGGGUUUGCCGGUCCGCUCGACAGAAACUUGCCCAUGACGGGUACUGACGCGACGAACACAGAGCCAUGUGUGGACAAACUGAUAGCGACGUUUGGACAAGCAAUCUAUGCAUGGGGCUUCGCGUUAUGGGUGCUCAAGAUGAUUCAGAUGGCAGGAUUAUUGGGAUGCUAUGCGAUCUAUAUCAGGAUGGCGGACGAUGGUGACGAUCAGCAGACAAGUACAACUGCCAUUGAACGAGAAGAAAAGGGCCACGGUACACGAACAGGACAGGCGUGUGUCACGGUUACAUAAGAAAAUGAAGAUCAAUUUUCACUUCCAAUUUGCCACUAACCUCUUUUAAAUGUCUCUCUCGCCCCCCUCCCCCACCUUUUUAAAGUUCUCUUUGCUGCUGCUGUAAAUGUUUUCUGCAUUAUACAUAAUAUAUCGUUUCUUUCUUUUUUGGGGGUAUUAGAGGGCUGGCCAAAUAACAACUACAACAUCAAAGAACCCGCUUGACCCGAACAGAACCAAUAAACGGAUAAUUAUAUAUAAUCAGCCACUGGAUGGCAAGCUACAUAGUUAUAAUAGUUAAUAUAUAAGCAAUAUAUAUAUAUAUAUAUAUAAAUGUGUGCGUGUGAGUGUAAACAUGUAGGAAAAGAAAGAAAACUCGUCAACUUGCGCGCGCGCAGAGAAA